AGCUCCAACGCUUCCUUUCUGGAACCGCGGCCGUUGAACCCGGGCGACGCCAGUGAGUGGCUUGUGGCGCCGGUGUGAUGGCCGAGUCCCCAGCGUUUCUUUCCGCUAAGGACGAGGGGUCCUUUGCAUAUCUUACGAUUAAGGACAGAACACCGCAGAUCUUAACCAAGGUUAUUGAUACAUUGCAUCGACAUAAAAGUGAAUUUUUUGAAAAACAUGGAGAGGAAGGCAUUGAAGCUGAAAAGAAAGCCAUCUCUCUUCUUUCUAAAUUACGGAAUGAACUGCAGACAGACAAACCAAUCACCCCCUUGGUGGACAAGUGUGUUGACACCCACCUAUGGAAUCAAUACCUGGAGUAUCAGCGGAGCCUUUUAAAUGAAGGUGACGGGGAGCCACGCUGGUUCUUCUCGCCCUGGUUGUUUGUAGAGUGCUACAUGUAUCGGAGAAUUCAUGAAGCCAUCAUGCAGAGUCCGCCAAUCCAUGACUUCGAUGUGUUUAAGGAAAGCAAAGAUGAGAACUUCUUCGAGUCGCAGGACUCCAUCGCUGCUCUGUGUACACACUUGCUGCAGCUGAAACCCGUCAAAGACCUCAGGGAAGAGCAGAUCCAGGAUGAGUUCUUUAAACUCCUGCAGAUUUCCCUCUGGGGGAACAGGUGUGACCUGUCUCUCUCAGGCGGAGAAAGCAGUUCUCAGAAGGCCGAUAUAAUACAUUGUUUGCAAGACCUAACACCAUUCAUUUUGAUAAAUGACACAGAAUCUCUCUGGGCAUUGCUCAGUAAGUUAAAGAAAACAGUAGAAACGCCCGUAGUUAGAGUCGACAUUGUUCUGGAUAAUUCUGGCUUUGAACUGAUUACGGAUUUAGUAUUUGCGGACUUUUUAUUUUCCUCGGAGUUAGCUACUGAGAUUCAUUUCCAUGGGAAAAGCAUCCCAUGGUUUGUGUCUGACGUUACUGUGCGUGACUUUAAUUGGAUAGUUGAGCGCAUGAAGAGCAGUAAUCUGGAGUCCAUGUCCACCUGUGGGGCCUGCUGGGAGGCCUAUGCUAGGAUGGGGAGGUGGGUUUACCACGACCAUGCAUUUUGGACUCUGCCUCAUCCAUAUUGUGUGAUGCCCCAGGUCGCCCCUGACUUAUACGCUGAACUGCAAAAGGCACAUCUUGUUUUAUUCAAGGGAGAUUUGAAUUAUAGGAAGCUGAUGGGUGACAGAAAAUGGAAGUUCACCUUUCCAUUCCAUCAGGCCCUGAGUGGCUUCCACCCUGCACCUCUCUGUAGCAUAAGAACAUUGAAGUGCGAGCUUCAGGUUGGUCUGCAGCCUGGGCAGGCAGAGCAGCUCACGGCCUCUGAUCCCCAAUGGCUGACCACUGGCAGGUAUGGAAUAUUGCAGUUUGAUGGGCCACUUUGAUGCCACUCAGGAAUUCCUGGUUGCAGAGAACAUUCUGAGAAUCUCCCUUCAGCCUCUGCAUGGAUUUAGGCCUGGCUUCUCCUCAGUGUGGGCAGCCCCUUUCCUCAGCUCCUGUGCUAUCUUGCGUACGGUAGACGAGGCUUCCUUGGAAUGGUUUCUUCCACUGCAGUUUUUGGGUUUAAGCUAGUUAUACUUCUGUCACUAUUCUAAGUUAAAUGCAAAACUUUCAAGUAGUUUUAAUGAACUAAUUUUUAAUUUCAAAGAAUGUAAAAAAUGUAAGGGAAUUUUCCUUUAAAAAUUAAUUUAAAUGUUAGUUAAUCCUGUUUGCGUAAAGCGAAUGAUUGUUUACUAGCUAGGAACCUUAAGUGUUAUUGCACUUGGUUUGGCUCUUGAGUUAGUGGCCCAGUGAACACAUGCCUUGUACGAGCUCUCCCGGGAGGCGUGUGCAUGAUGCUUGAACACACAGAAUUACCUCAGACCUGAACUACAGCCUGCUCUCUUGCAUGCUUACGUUUUCAAAGCCCAUUUUCUUGCAUAGAUUUGUAUUUUGAUUGGCCUGUGGAAUGGGUCAAUGCACAAACUAGACAAGAGUGACUGACGAAGUACGAGUACAGUAAUGUUUCAUUGUCCCUAUGGCUGCCAUGCUGAAGUCACCACCACAGUGAUGUCCAGAUGAACCCAGCGUCAGUUUGUAGCAGCAGACUGUUGAGUGGAGACGACUGUUAGGCGUUGUUUUAGACACUGCCAGGCUGAGCUCAGUCUCCAUCUCACACUGUGUGUUCCUCACCUCAGAUGUUGUCACAGUCUGUAAAUUCAGGGUACUUUGUUUCAAAACAAAUUGGAAAUAAAAUUGGAAAUGCUUUCUUAUACUGGAAUAAUAAAAUGGAUUUUUCAGAGA